CAGAUAAAUACACGAAAAUGGCGGCGGCUAUGCCCAUUAACCCUAAACCUUUCCUCAACAACCUUACUGGUAAAGCGGUGCUAGUGAAACUAAAGUGGGGGCAUGAGUACAAGGGUUUACUGGUGUCUGCGGAUGGAUACAUGAAUCUGCAACUAGCAAAUACUGAGGAACUUAUUGACGGUGCUUGCACAGGUAAUCUCGGAGAAGUAUUAAUCAGAUGCAAUAAUGUACUCUAUGUAAGAGGAGCGGAAGAAGAAGAUGAGGAAGGAGAAAUGAAAGAAUAACUUGUUCGAGCCUAAGUUAUGUUAAGGUAGAAUAAGCUAUUUUAUAACUUACAAUGAAGCUUGUAUUAUAGUCAACAACCAAUCAACCAUCGUUGGCUAAUUUGUCAUUGUAAUUACAAUCA